AUGUAAAUUUGGAAAUUAUUAAACUAGAAAAUCUUAUUUUAGUAUGCUAGGCAAAUUAAACCUCGUAUUCCAAUAUAAAUUGAUGAAUUAAAUAGACAAUUUGAAUAACAAAAAUUAGCUAUUAGAGAACAAGCAGAAAAAUAAAUUAGACAUGCUCAUUCAAUUGCAGAAUUAAUUAGUUUGAAUAAUGACGUAAGUAAAUAUGUUGAUGUUACAGAACCUAUGCUCAAAAGACUAUCCAAACUCAAAAUUACAUCCGAAGAAUUUUCUUUAAAUUAAGAAUUCAUUGCGAAAUUAGUAAAUAACAAUACUAGUUAAUUGAUGUUCAACUUGCUCCAAUUUUAUGAAAAUGAUCGAAUUGAAAAAAUGAUAUUUGAUGCAUAUAAAAAUAAGCAAUUGUCAAUUACAUAAGAAAACAAUCUUCGACUUUUAUAGAUUAUUGUCAAACAUGGAUAACAAUAAGAUUUGGAAUAGUGGUCUUAAAAUUGGGAGUUUUAAUUAAAUGGCAAGAACAUCUCUAAAUUUUAUAGUAUUUUAGAUUCUCUUGAAGGGAAAUUACCCGAUAGAGAAAUCAUAGUCAAUAAAAUAGAAUAAUCAAUUUAUAAAUAUACUCAUUAAUACGAUUAUGAAACAAUAUACAAAAUCUUAAAAUAUAGAUCCUUUAAUGAAAAAGUAAUAAAUGAAGAUUUACUCAUUGCAAUUUUAAGAAGGCUCUAUCAGAUAGAAUUAAAUUUAGAGUAACUAACUAAUAUCAACCAAUAUCUGACUGUUGAGUUAUAAUAUUUAGAUGCCUAAUGGCUCAAUUAAAUAAAUAAAUCAGUUUUGCAAUAAUUAUAUCCAAAUUAAUAAUUAUUUGAUCAAAUAGAUAAUAAUCUCGAUGAUUAAGAGGAAGAAAUCAUUUAGAAAAACACAGAAAACAACACAAAACGUGAAACAAAAACUGAUAUAAAUUCUGAAGUCAAGAAUGAGUUGAAAGAAGAUGAGCUAUUAAAAUUAGUUAAAGAUUUGGAGUUAAGAACAGAGCCUUUCAAAGUUACAGAUAUUGAAAAACUGUUCUUAAAGUUAAUGGAUUAAUUGUCUAAAGCAGUCAUUGUAAAUGAUCUGAAUUUGAUAGCAUUAUCUUUUUUCAAAGAAUUAGAUGUUUAUAUGAUGUAAUUCUUAAAUCAUCUAACACCAGAUGAAUAAUUAAUUUGCUUUAAAUUUCAUGCUAAAUUCAUUGAAACAAUAUACAAUGAGUAAUCACAAGAUCCAAAAUAAUAUAAGAAGUCUUGUCACAAGAAACUGGAAUAAAUGAAUAACUCGUAUUAUGAAAUAACUUUGCAAUGUCUAAAAGAAUUGAAUUUUGAAUAGACUUUAACAUUUUUAGAAGCUGUUUCAGUUUUGGGAGUCAGCAAAAGAAAAGUUUGUUAAAAAAUUAUGAAAGUUGGAUUUGAAGGAUUGUAAAAAUUAGAUUAAUGCAAAUUGGAGAAUCAUAAAAAGAAUUAUGCUCUGUUUGCUUAUUAUAAACUAUUGCAAUUAUUCAUUACUUAAGAAUAAGAUAUUUUGAAAAUUGAAAAAUAAUUUUAAGAAAUAAAAAUCAAUACUUUAGAUCUUUAGACUGAAUAUUCUCACCUUGGCGUUAAAAGAUAAAAAAUUUAAGAAUUGGAAAACCAAAAUAAGAAUAAUGAAGAUGAAUUAUUAAUUUGA